AGAGUACUUGUCACCUAGAAUCAGUAUUUGUUUGUCGUAAUUGUCCUCCAGUUUACGACAGUGCAGCAUGGCGAACGUGAAUUAAAAUGUGAUGAAAGUCACGUUGACAAUUUACGACUAACGUCGACGUUUUGUGUUCCACUAUCUAUUACAUCAGUUUUUUCUUGUAAUUGGUAUAAAAAUAUUUAGUCAAUCAUGGCAAAAGCUAUGAACUUUGCAACUGUCAUUACUAGACAAGCUCAACUUUCUGGGCUAUUCACAUUGAAAGAAAGAGUCAGUGAAUUGACUUAUUUACCAAAGACAUGCAGAGCUGCUUUUAAAAAUAACUUCCAUUUAAUCCACAACAGAAACCUUACCUAUAUAGCUUCUAAAAAAAUAACAAGAAUCGAACUAAGUAAAACUAGAAAUAAAAGUUGUUUACCAGUAGUAUCCACUUGUUGUUAUUAUCCUGGAUUAACAUACAGGUAUUCAUCGAGUAGUACACAUGAUGUUAGUGAAAUUCGGGCCAGGCAUUAUUCCAGUAGUAAAGAUGAUGUUAGUGAUAAGGACAAAAAUGAUAACUUAAACACAGAGAAAAACAUGACAAUAUUUCAGAGGUUCAAAAGAGCUUAUAAGGAACAUGGUAAAGUUUUAGUAGGAGUUCAUUUAGCUACAUCAACAGUUUGGUUUGGUUGUUUUUAUAGUGCUGCUGCUUAUGGUUUUGAUAUCAUCCCCUUGUUAGAACAACUAGGAUUCAGUGAGACCAUUAUGAAACCAUUUAAAGCUGGUGGAUUAGGAAAUAUUGCCUUGGCUUACCUCAUGUAUAAACUAGCUACACCAGUUAGAUAUACUGUUACACUGGGUGGUACCAAUUUAGUCAUCCGUUACUUUAAGAAAACUGGCAAAAUAAAUGUUCCUGAGGAGGAUUCUUUACGAAGUCUGUAUGAAGAUGGCAAGUCAAAACUUCAAGAAAAUAGGGACAAAAUUAAUGCUACCAGAAAAGAAAGAAUAAACGACUAUAUAAAAGCCGCCAGAGCAAAAAGAAAUCAGUUAAAACGAUAGCUUUUAAUAUUAUACUAUAGUAAAAACUAUAUAUAUUAUGUUCUAGGAAUACUUAAUAGGGCCGCACAAAAAAUAUUAUGGUUCUCAGAUACCGUCACGUCAUCAAAAAUGGGCCGUGUCACAUGUUUUUUUUUAUUUUAAAAAUAAUAAAGUUAUCUAUUUCCAAUAUCAAGGGAAGUAACUCUAUCAAGUGUUUCUUGAAAAGAGGAACUGAACACUAGACUCGGCUAUCAAGUAUGGCAAACACUAUUGACAGUCACGAACGACACUGGAUAAUCGAUUGUUAUUGGCAACAUUUUGCUGUCAAUUUUUACAGUCAAAAUGCCUAAGUUUAUUUAACUCGAGAACUAUAACUGAUAACUAUUCCUAGUGGGGAGAUUGGGGACGCAGACUUUGAUUUAAAUUGCCAGCAAAGUACGGCAUUGAUACCAGUAAUGUCGUCAAAUCAAAAACCGGCAGAUUUGAGAAAAUUUUCCCAAGAGUUAAUCUAGAUGAAGUCACAGAAUUAUUCUGCCUUUAUUUCAAAAUCUUAUUUUUUGUUGGUUUUUUUCUUAAGAGUAAAAUAAAUAUUUUAGAAUUUAUAAUUUUGUGUGUUUCUUAAAAAUGAAAAACUAGCCUGAUCUAGAUUUUGACAAAAUAAAAACAAAAGAAACAAAAACCGCCCUCCUGAUCAAUUUUGUACAAAGGAUUGUCUGAGAACCAGAAUAUUUUUUUCUGUGUGGCCUACAGUAUUACAGAUUAAUUAUAUUGGUUAUAGCAAAAACAGUAUUUUAUUUCUAGUACAGGUUAUUUAUUGAUAAUUCCAUAUAUUAGACAAAAUUGAAGAUGGCUUUUGACACUGUUACUAGUGACACACAAGGAAUGUUAAAUCAAUCUGAAAUAAUAAAGGAGCAUAAUCUAGCCAUAGUUGGACUGUGGUCCAACCACCCAGUUUCACCUGAGCAUCAGUCAGCUGACUCAAAGAAGAAAUGUAGGACUAUCUCGAAAUUGUCUUCAUGAGAUACUGAACUUGAUUCUUCUCUUGCUAACCAUAGCCAAAUUUGUCUGGAGAAUAAAUGGUGAUAAUUUGUUUUAACAGAUUCUAAAAAUUUGGAACCUUAAUAAAUGCCGGAGUGCAUGAUAAUCAUCUAUAAUCAUAUAUAUGAUUGAAUCAUGUUAUAGUUUUAACAGAGAAUUAUUUAUAUCUUUUUAGUAUUUUGUUGAAGUCUGUUAAAGCCAUAUGUGUUGAUUGUUGAAUAAAUUUUUGAUCAUGAACAAAUGUUGUAUGGUGGAAUUAAAUAGCAUUUUAUAAAAAGAUUGUGAUGUGAAUGAUUCAUAGAAUUAUUAGCAGGCUUGGAUUCUACGCAUGAUUAAAGUGUGCCAUUGUUUUCUUAUAUAUUGCUUGUUUAAUUUUAAGAAAAAUAAAAUAAAUAUUGUGAAAUUGUAAAAUUUAAUAAGUAUAAAUGAAAUUUGAACACUAAUAAAAAGUGCACUAUGAAAUGAAAUUCUAGUUGAUAUCAAGAAUGUUGAUUUAAAGAAAAUUAAUACAUUGAUCAUUUUUUAUAUUUACUAUUUUUAUAUUGAAAUUAGUGCAACUCUCACGUUCUAUCAUAGACGCAUUGCAUAGAACAUGACAAAUUUUGUCAUAUUUUCGAUUCCCCGCUUGUAUGUGACAAGGAGUAGGGGGCGCCUGUCCAACCUCAUGAGAUUUCUCCAGGUCAUCCGGUUUCCUCCCACUGCUAAAAACUUAUACAUACAAGCCAAUUAUUGAAAUAAAUUUGAACAAUAUGUUAGUCCUAAAAUGACCUAGUUUGUGUAUAGUAACGAAGUCAAAGAAAGAAUCAUAUUGAAAUGUGGACGUAUAUUGCCGUUGCUCCC